AUGCUUCCGCCGGGCACUUUUAACGGUAAAGUGGCGUUUAUAACCGGAGGUGGCACAGGGAUCGGUAAAGGCAUAGCAACUAACUUGUCCCGCUUGGGUGCUUCUGUUGUCAUCACCAGCAGGAAGAUUGAUGUUUUAGAGAAAACAGCUGCAGAAAUUUCUGAUGUCUACCCUAUUCAGGCUGAUGUACGAGAUGCAACAGCAGUUACAAAAGCUGUAGACCAAUGUCUUAAUGAGGUUGGCUUGCCGACUCUUAUUGUCAACAAUGCUGCAGGAAAUUUUGUUUCUCCAACUGAACGCCUAAGUGCAAACGCUUUCAGAACAAUCGUUGAAAUCGUAUUACUGGGAAGUAGUAAUGUUACUUUAGAAAUUGGCAAGCGAUUAAUCGAGGCCCAGAAAGCUGGUGCAUUCGUAUCGAUAUCCACAACUUAUGCCGACGUUGGAUCUGGUUUUGUUGUGCCAUCUGCUUGCUCUAAAGCGGGAGUAAACGCUAUGGUUAGGUCUCUCGCAGCAGAGUGGGGGCGUUAUGGAAUGCGAUUUAAUGCUAUUGCUCCUGGAGCUAUUGAAACUAAAGGUGCAAUGAGCAGGCUUGAUCCUACCGGUGGAUUUUAUAAAAAGGCUAUCGAAAGGACACCUGCUGGUAGAUGUGGGCAAAUUGGCGAGCUGGCUAAUUUAGCUUCUUACUUACUUAGUGAUUAUGCAAACUGGCUAAGUGGAGAGGUAAUCAAUCUUGACGGUGGUGAAAUGGCAUACAUGGCUGGACAAAUGAACGCGCUGUCGUCGGUAUCUAGUAAAGAGUGGGAUUUGAUGGAGAAAGCCAUUCGAUCCGUUAAAGGAUCGUAAUAUACUGUCAAGCCAAGAAACUCACUUGCAAGUUGAGAAAUUUGCAGAUUUAUUAACUUCAAAGUGCAAACCGAUAGAUGUGCGUUUUCUUGAUACCUUACUUGCACGACGCUAAAGAAUAAUCCAGAUUUUUGGUAUAUAAUAUUACUAUAGUUUG